AUGGUUGCCGACGGAAGCCGACUGAGGUACUCAUCGGACAGCGUGGUAAUCAAGUCUGCAAACGACCGCCGACUCUACAGGGUAAUCGAGCUCGACAAUGGCCUCGUCGCUUUGCUGGUUCACGAUCCCCAGAUUUACCCCGACGGACUUCCUGAAGGUUCUCAUUUGCUAGAUAAGGCUGACACUGAAGGUGGAACUGAAGACGACGGCGAAGACGAAGAUGAAGAUGAGGAUGGAGAUGGAGAUGAGGAUGCAGAUGACGAAGAAGAAGAGGACACUGACGAUGAGAAACAGGUUGAAGAGAAGGCCGUUCAGUCUAAAAAGGCAGCGGCAGCAUUGUGCGUAGGAUUUGGCAGCUUUUCUGACCCUCCUGAAGCUCAGGGUCUCGCUCAUUUUCUAGAACAUAUGCUAUUCAUGGGGAGUACUGAAUUUCCUGAUGAAAACGAGUAUGAUAGUUACUUAUCCAAACACGGAGGCUCAUCAAAUGCAUAUACAGAAGUUGAGCAUACCUGCUAUCAUUUUGAAGUUGAAAAAGAAUUUCUCAAGGGUGCUUUGAGAAGAUUCUCUCAGUUUUUUAUUUCACCCCUUGUAAAACUUGAAGCAAUGGAUCGAGAGGUGCUUGCUGUGGAUUCUGAAUUUAACCAGGUUUUGCAGAAUGAUAUUUGUCGCCUUCAGCAACUCCAGUGCCAUACAUCUGAACACGGUCACCCUUUUAAUAGAUUCUUUUGGGGAAACAAGAAGAGCCUGGUUGAUGCUGCCGAGAGAGGGUUUGAUCUACGCAAACAAAUACUAGAACUGUAUAAAGAUUAUUACCAUGGUGGUCUGAUGAAGUUAGUAGUAAUUGGUGGUGAGCCUUUGGAUGUACUUCAGCAAUGGGUUGUUGAAUUGUUUUCGGGUGUCAAACAAGGUUCUCAAGGGAAGCCAGAGUUUAAGGUGGAAAGUCCUGUCUGGAGAGCUGGAAAACUUUAUAGGUUGGAGGCAGUUAAGGAUGUCCAUAUCCUUGAGUUAAGCUGGGCACUACCUUGUCUUUUGCAAGAGUAUCUGAAGAAACCGGAAGAUUAUUUGGCUCAUCUUCUUGGUCAUGAGGGCAAAGGAAGCCUGCAUUACUUUCUCAAAGCUAAGGGAUGGAUAACCUCUCUAUCUGCCGGUGUUUCAGAUGAUGGAAUGCAGCGAUCUUUUGUAGCUUAUAUCUUUAGCAUGUCCAUUCAUCUUACAGAUUGUGGUUUGGAAAAGAUAUUUGACAUCAUUGGUUAUCUUUAUCAAUAUCUUAAAUUAUUGCGUCAACUUUCCCCUCAAGAAUGGAUAUUUAAGGAACUGCAGGAUAUGGGAAACAUGGAUUUUCGUUUUGCUGAGGAAGAACCUCAGGAUGAUUAUGCUGCAGAACUUGCAGAAAAUUUGCUUGUUUAUCCACCAGAACAUGUUAUCUAUGGAGACUAUGUCUAUGAGUUAUGGGAUGAAGAGACGAUAAGAAAGAUUCUGGGUUUCUUCACUCCAAGAAACAUGAGAAUUGAUGUAGUAACAAAAUCCUUCAAGCUAAAUGAUUUUCAAUAUGAGCCUUGGUUUGGAUCACCUUAUUCUGAGGAAGAAAUUUCUUCAUCUUUGAUGGAAUUAUGGGAAGACCCCCCAGAUAUUCAUGCUUCAUUGCAUCUUCCUUUGAAAAAUGAGUUUAUUCCAUGUGAUUUCUCUAUUCGAGCUGAUUCUACAGAAAUUGAUCCCGCAAAUGAAACAUUGCCUAUCUGCAUUUUUGAUGAGCCAUUGAUGAAGUUCUGGUACAAGCUUGAUAGUACUUUCAAAGUUCCUCGAGCAAAUACAUAUUUUCGGAUUAAUCUGAAAGGGGCGUAUCUUAAUUUGAAGAGUUGUUUGUUGACUGAACUUUAUAUCCACCUCCUCAAGGAUGAGCUAAAUGAGAUUAUAUAUCAGGCCAGUAUUGCCAAGCUAGAAACUUCAGUGGCAAUGUACAGUGACAAGUUAGAGCUCAAGCUUUAUGGAUUCAAUGAUAAACUUCCUGUUCUCCUGGGAAAAAUUUUGGCAAUCGCAAACUCUUUUUCACCUACUAAUGACCGUUUUAAGGUAAUUAAGGAGAAUAUGGAGAGAACUCUAAGAAACUCCAACAUGAAGCCUUUGAGUCACUCAUCCUACUUGAGGCUGCAGAUUUUAUGCAAGAGUUUUUAUGACGUUGAUGAAAAGCUGUGUCUUCUAAAUGACAUUUCUCUGUCUGAUUUGAUGGCCUUUAUUCCUGAGCUUCGUUCCCAGAUAUAUAUUGAGGGCCUUUUCCAUGGCAAUUUAUUAGAAAAGGAAGUACUUGACAUUUCAAAUAUCUUCAAAAGCAACUUUUAUGUACAACCGAUGCCAGUCACAAUGAAGCAUAAAGAGCACGUGAUAUGUUUUCCCCCUGGUGCCAACUUCGUGAGAGAUGUCAGUGUAAAGAAUAAGUCUGAAACGAACUCGGUGCUUGAGCUUUAUUUCCAAAUUGAGCCGGAAGAAGAGAAGGAAGCUGUAAAAUUGAAGGCUUUGAUUGAUCUUUUUGAUGAAAUUGUGGAAGAACCACUUUUUAAUCGACUAAGGACAAAGGAACAACUUGGUUAUGUGGUUGAAUGUAGCCCACGAGUGACCUAUCGUGUUUGUGGCUUUUGUUUCUGCAUUCAAUCUUCCAAGUAUAGCCCGGUUUACUUGCAGGAGAGAACAGACAGCUUCAUUAAUGGCUUGGAAGAGUUGUUGGAAGGGCUUGAUGACGAAUCAUUUGAGAGUUAUAGGAGUGGACUAACAGCAAAGCUCCUGGAAAGAGAUCCCUCCCUCUUAUAUGAGACCAAUCGCUUAUGGAAUCAGAUUGUCGAUAAUAGGUAUAUGUUUGACAUGUCAAAGAGGGAAGCAGAGGAACUCAAAAGCAUCCAGAAGACGGACAUUGUGAAGUGGUAUAAAACGUAUUUGCGAGAACCUUCGCCUAAAUGUCGAAAACUCGCAAUCCGUGUAUGGGGAUGCAAAACCAACCUAGAAGAAGGUGAAAACAAAACAGAUUGUUUGCAGCAGCAGAAGCAGCACAUUAAAGACCUUGAAGCUUUUAAGAUGUCAUCCGAGUACUAUCCCAGCCUUUGUUAAAUGUAAACUAAUUGAUGAUUAGGGGAAAGCAAAAACAACCAAGAGAGGCUAAAACAGUAUACAAUUACUGAUCGGAAGGUCUACAUUGGACGAUGAAAAGAUGGCAGGAGAGCUGUGAAAUCAAAAUUGAUAUUCAAAUGGGAUUUUGAUUCUGGUGGGAUCCUAGAUUUUUAUUAUAUAGUAGCAUUUAAACCUAUUUGAAUAUUAAUUGAAUUAUAUAUGCUCAUUAGUUGUGUUAAAUCGGUAUACGGUAUUCAAUGUGGUGAUAUUUAUUUGAAGGGAUUACUAUUAUAGACCUAA